AUGGACGCCGAUGUGAUCCACUGGCAGAAAGCAGAGCAGUGGCUGUCCGAGGAUGGGGAGAGGACGGCACGCUCGCUCGCCCAGGGGUGGCCACCGGGGUGGCUGGAAGUGCGGCUCUCAGCCCCUCUCUGCCCGCAGUUCCAGGGCCUACAACUGGAUCGGGAGGCAUGCCUGGCCUCCAACUACUCGCUGGCCAAGGAGAACCUGGCACUGCGGCCCCGCCUGGAGAUGGGCCGGGCCGCCCUGGCCAUCAAGUACCAGGAGCUUCGAGAGGUGGCAGAGAGCUGCGCCGACAAGCUGCAGCGACUGGAGGACAGCAUGCAUCGCUGGAGUCCCCACUGUGCGCUCGGCUGGCUCCAGGCCGAACUGGGAGAAGCUGAGCAGGAAGCUGAGGAGCAGAUGGAGCAGUUGCUGCUGGGUGAGCAGAGCCUGGAGGCCUUCCUGCCGGCCUUCCAGCGAGGCCGUGCGCUGGCCCACCUGCGGAGGACACAGGCAGAGAAGCUGCAGGAGCUGCUGCGCCGCAGGGAGCGGUCUGCCCAGCCAGCACCCCCAGCGGCUGCCGACCCCCCCAAGCCCUUGGCCCCUGCAGCUGUCCUGCCCACCGGGGCCGCCCGGGGGCCACCAGCAGUGCCCCGGAGCCUGCCUCCCUUGGACUCCCGGCCAGUGCUCCCUCUGAAGGGCUCUCCCGGGUGCCCCCUUGGCCCGGCCCCCCUGCUGAGCCCUCGGCCCUCGCAGCCAGAGCCCCCCCACCGGUAGGAUCCAGGGUGUGGCCCCUCAGUGGGGGGCCCAGACAAACUUGAUGCUGGCUCCUCCUCCUCCCCCACUGCCUGGGUCGGGGGAGGGGCGGGCCCCCUCCCCUGGGCCUCAGGCAGGCCCUGGCCCUGGAGGCUGAGCUGGGGAGGAGGGUCACUUGGAAGAUGCCCAGAGUGGGGGACUGGGUUGGGGGAGGCAGGGUGUUAGGAAACACUGCCUUUCCUUUGGCCCUGGCUGGGGCCUCCGGGGUGACAGGCCAGCCCCAUGAAAGGACUUGACUCUCCAGUGGAGUCUGGGAAGAGGCCCGCCUCCCAGAGGGUCCCUCUUAGGGGGUGUGCCACCCCUCCCGCCACUCCAAGGGGCUCGCACAAUACCAAGACCCACAGGAGUGCUUUCAUCAUGCCCUGAGCCUACCUUUCCAACUUUGGGGGCCCACCUCGUAGGAGCCGGGUGGGCAGGCCCCAGAAUCAGGGCCGGGGACCCCGUGGCCCUGGGGCUGCGACAGGCCCCAUUCACACACCAGACCCUGGGACAAGGUCGGCCUGGGGGCUUCUGGCCUGCACAGGUGAGAGUGGGCCAUCCCCAGGAAAAACCAUUCUGUAUUUUUCUGUCCCUGUCUCCUUCGAAUGGAAGCUUUUUGAGGGCAGGUCCUUGUCUUUGUAUGUUCUGUCCCCAGCCCCGCCUCCCCGGGGCCGUCAAUAAAUGUGAUGGUGAGGAUGUGA